AUUUGUCACAUUAUUCUGAAAUCUUACACUCCAAUGAAUGAGGAAUCAGUGAUACUCGUUGCUGAAGGUCGCAGCUUUGAGGCGGAAUUGGAUGCACUUUUGGCUGUGAUCGAGGCGGCGGAUUAUUUACAAAUCUCCCUCCUCAUUCGCACAUGCUUAACUCGUCUUUCCAGUUUGUUGGGACGUUUGUUUUUGCCCAUUUUCACGACGGACCAUGUUCGACACGAUUGCCAUGUGUUUUCGCUAUGUCUUGAGGGUUGGGUGAGAGUCAGUCAAAUUCAAGACACAUCGUUCGCAAAACUGUUUCAACAAUAUGCCGCUAAACAUCCGGAUCUCAUUCUAAAACCGUAUAUUGCAUCACCCGAAAUUCAAUCGGCUGUGUUGGAAUUGACCAUAGGGAUUUUGCGUUCCAAUUUGCUUUGUGUGCCAGACGAAUCUGUGGUCCUCGAUUUGAUUUUGAAUUGGUUAAGUUUGUUAAAACAGUUGGGCCUAGACGAACCAAGCAAUGUAGAAGCCCUUUUCAAUUGUGUGCGGCCCGGUUUGCUUUCGUUCGAGGCUAGGUCUCGACUCUAUGAUUGCUGGUCUGUCAAGUAUCCAUCCGUUCGGUGGCAACGGGAGUUAGAUUGUGAGGCGUUUAACACAUUGAUGCGUCAAAUCCCGUACCAGGGUCCAUUUGCGGGGUUGAGAUGCAUACAAGAUCAGUCGAAUCAAUCGCUUUUCUUCGAGUCUCGAGCUUCCUCCCCUGUAUUGAUUACUCUUGCUCCAGGUUAUUUUGGCAAAAAUACAUUGGAAAUUAGAUUGUUCAAUCUGAUCACAGGCGAACUCCGGAGUUUGGACAUUCCACCCUGUCAUUUAAGUAAACUGACCAGUGAAUCGGUGGUGGAUGGAGAUUUCGACGGACGUAUUUAUCUGUGUCAUCCCUCGAUUAAUGUGGCUCGACAUAAAAGUCUGAUCGUUGUUCUUUAUCACAAUCCAUACACGUGUACUGUGAACGGGUUUAUGUGGUGUUUGGCCACAUGUCAAGCUGAAUGGUUACCUCCGUUAGUUUUACCUGCUCUGGAGAAUCGUUCGAUUGGUUUGACCAUGUCCGGUUGUUUCCGGUCUCGACGCAUCGGUGUAGCGACCCUACCGACGGGAUUGCAUGUGUACUGUGCCGGUCCGGCCAAUGCAAAAAUAUGGCUCUAUCUGUACCGAUUUGAUGCAACCUUGUGGCAAUGGCAUUUGCGCGCAUCCAAACCGCUGUUUGCCAGUCCAUCCAGCGGGAUCGCCCUGUUCACGUCAGUCGAUCCGCUCGGGCUGAUCACUCCAGACGGAUGGCUAUAUGCGAAUGUGGAAUUCGCGGAUCGUUCGGAUCCCCGUGAGGCUCGGAUUCGACGACAUAAUCUGCACCAAACCUCUCACGUUCGAUCACACUUUUUCCGGUUUCGAUGUGACACGACUGCCGGUUUGGUAGUGGAACCAUUACCUUCACCACCGUUCCUGAUACGUAUCUAUCGUGUACUUGCACUAACGGACGCAAAAGACAAUACCACUUCCGGGCAAACAUAUCUCUUUGCAUUUGGGACGUGUUCUCGCGAUCAGACCGCGACACAGUUCUGUUUCAAUACAGAAACACAGCAGUGGAUAGAAUGGACUGCAGCCAGUACUUCAGCUGACAAUAAGAAUGAUGGCUUUCUAUCUGAUGCUCACGGUCGAUCGUUGCGGCCGAAGUUACAAGUGAAUUUGUGCCCCGAAAUCCUCGGGUUUCGUGGACUCGUAUCCACCACACACUUGGUUGAUGAUUUACGCGGUUUUCACUCUGACCUCACGCACCAUCCGGAUAGUAGCGAAUUUAGUCCAUCUCGAGUCGAUGAGUCCGGAGCGAAGUCACAAUCCAAUGCCAAUCCCACAUUGGUGCUUGUUGGCCGCCCGGAUCAUCACAUGUGUGAAAGCAAGUCCGGUGUCUGUGGUAUCUGGUUUCAUCGACCACAAAUUGGCCCGCUCCAAUCAAAUACGAUCCAGUUUGAUCCCAGAAAACCGAUGUUUCCUUUGCCCAAUAAUUUGGCUCAAAUAUUCUAUCAACUUCCUUCUCCUGCUGCUGUCCCCGUGGCGAAUUGGGAGAACCUGUUCCGAAGCCCGGACAUUCUGAAUUUCAACACUCUAUCAACGGACAUUCAUAUUGCCAAACAGAGCACCCAUGAACCAAUGGUGACUUGUCCAUUCCCGGGUAUGAGUUAUUCAUGGUCCAGUUGGGCCGCACCGGACAGUGAUUAA